AUGCUGCGCGUUCUGCGUCAGCGCGCGCUCUGCCAUCCGCCCACCUCAUGGACUGCCGUGCGCAGUCCUGCCAGGCUCAGCUGUGCUAUCCGAAAUGGAUAUCCACACGUUGGCAGGCGUCCUGGAUCGCCCAUCACUCGUACUGGGCAGCUGGGUCGCAGCCAAAGCAGUGUAGGCAAAACGCCAGCUGAAGUCUUCAAGUACCCCGAAUGGCUCAAUGUCUACCGUCUCAGCUCUGCGGCCACCCUGUGCGUCGGCUUCACUCGCGUCUGCACCCUCGUCGUCUUUGGCGUGGGCGCCAUCAUCUACGCUCCUGCCAUCGCCUUCUCGCCCCAUCACUCCAACUGCUUGAUCCCUGCCUGCAUCGUCGCUUCAGCAGUGCCCAUGGUAGCCGUCAUCUUCACAAGUGGUCCAUCCGUCAUGUCCAUCAGAGUGCAGCUCCCACCACACGCUCGCCGCUCCAGAGAAGGCCUCCUAAAGUUCGCCAACAACCUUCCGCCCCGAACCAUACUCCGACUUGAGUCGAUGAAGCUGAUCCCGUGGCCGACCCAGACCGAUGUGGUGUUUGCAGACCUGACGAGGCACCGACCCAGCUGGAAGGGAGGGCUUUCGAAUUUGGAGAACACUCCAGUUACUACCCAGGGAAACGAAAGGGAGGGCACUUUCUUCGCUCAACUGAUACGAAGGUUGCUCGGCAGGUACUACGUGCAAAGAGAUCAGAAGAAGGACAGGAGCUCGGCACCAGGGCUAUGGGAGAAGAUGUGGGAACAGAUACCAGAACACAAUAUCACACCCGGGAACGUACGGACACGUAGGAUGGUCUCCAAGUCAGCCAAACCACUGACAAAGCUGGAGCCUCUGCCACCUGUUCGUCGGAUCAAGUCCAAGAACAAGCCUUGA